GGGAUUGGUAAAGCAGCACGCACACACACAGUGACAUUGACCUGAUAUCUUGCUAGAAGGUCUGAAAAGUUAAUGAUAUCCAGCCUAAACUACUUAAGCGUGUCCAUGUGCAGACUGGACACACUUAGAAUAUUGUCCUCUCCAGAGAAGACAGGAUGGGAUCAGUUUUACAACAGCUGUGCAGAGGCAAAGCUUUGCUGGUAAUCAUUACUCUGGGAUUUGGAGGGACGUUUCAUCUCGGCUACCACAUGACUGCUUUGAGUUCCCCGUCACCGUUUAUCCAGAGCUUCAUCAACAGCAGCUGGUUUGACAGAUACGGUGAGGCUCCGCCCCCUCAGACGGUCACCAUGAUCUGGUCUCUCAUUGUCUCCAUGUUUGCCGUCGGUGGACUCUUUGGUGCCGGAAGUGUCAAGAUCGUCUCCGGCAGAUUGGGCAGAAAAAAGGCGAUGAUGCUCAGCUGUUGUGUCUCCCUCGUUGCCAUGGUGAUCAUGCUGAGCAGUAAAAAGGCCAAGUCGUAUGAAAUGGUGAUUGUGGCCAGGAUUCUGUACGGCUGGUCCACAGGUGUAGGAAACAGCAUCCAUGUGAUUUACCUCAGCGAGAUUUCACCCAGGAAGAUAAGAGGCAUCGUGACUCUGACCUCAGCGACCUUUGCGUCCCUCGGCAAACUGUCUGGACAGUUUCUUGGAUUGAGUGAGAUCCUCGGUCGCAAGGAGCUGUGGAACGUCCUUCUCGCUGUCCCUGGUGUUUUCGCAGCAGUUGCGCUCAUAACUUUGCCUCUUCUCCCCGAGGCUCCCAGAUAUUUGCUCAUAGAGAAACGCGACGACGAGACGUGUAAGAAAGCUCUCCAGAGUCUUUGGGGAAAAGGCGUCUACAAGGAGGAGAUGGACGACAUGUUGGCCGAGCAGGCGGUCAUCGAGGCAGCGCCACCAAAAACCCCUCUGCAGCUUCUGAGGGACAGAAUGGUCCGCUGGCAGCUCGUCACCAUGGUCCUCAUCUACGGCUGCAACCAGCUGUCAGGGAUGUCCGUGAUCAGCACCUUUGCGUUUGACAUCUUCUUGCAAGUUGGAAUCCAGGAAGGGCAGAUCCGCUACAUCACUCUUGGACUUGGAAUCGUUGAAAUCCUCACCUCCAUCGCUUCUGGUUUGUUGCUGAUCGAGCAACUCGGCAGGCGGCCGUUGAUCUGGGGCGGCUACGUCAUCAUGUCGUCCUGUUGGGUGUUGGUGACGAUCACUUUGAACCUGCAGAAUCAGAGUGAAUGGAUUCCUUACGUAACUGCGAGUUUGAUCGUCCUCUUCAUCAUCGUCUUUAGCGGAGGACCUGUGGGAGCAAUUGCUGCUCUCAACAGUGAGUUAUUUAUCCAGACUGACCGAGUGGCAGCGCUCGUCGUGAUAGGAGUCCAGCGCUGGUUGACCUUUGCUACCGUGGGUCUUGUCUUUCCGUUCAUUUUGACGUCCCUCGGCUCCUACAGCUUCUUGGUGUUUGCCGUCAUGAGUCUGGUGGGGUGUUUAUACACCUUCUUCUUCCUGCCCGAGACUAAAGGGAAGACCAUACUGGAGAUCUCCGAGCAAUUUAGAGCAAUCACCAUUUGUGGGAAAUCCCUCGCGGAGAAAAAGGACAUUGAGACCAAGUUAUAAGUGGUUCGGAUACUGAAGCUGCAGACUGUUGCUUGAUGACUCAGUGUAGCCACAGCCUCUAUUUGGUCCAGAACGCGGUGGUGUGCCUGGUCUUCAAUCAGCCUAAAAUGACAUGUCACCUCUCUGUUCAUUGAGCUCCACUGGCUACCCUUAGCCGCUACCAGAACAGGGUAUCCCUGUCUAUCUUCGAGAAGCUCUUGAAAACCCAACUCUUCCAAAAGCAUCUUCUGUCCUUGCACUUACACCCUCCACUAUCUCCUUCUGCACAUUGGAUCCACCUCGGCACUCUCAUCCUCUAUCAGUCCACUGUUCCUAUCUAGUGGAGUUUUUUCCAAGACUACUUCUACUUCUGUAAGUCACUUUUGAUAAAAGCGUCUGCUAAAUGCUUAAAUGUUCAAUGUUAUUAAGUCUUUUAUAACUCAUCUACAGUUCGACAUUGUUCGCUUUGAUUCUUGUGUCGGACAUCGCGCUCAUGCCUCUUGUAGUCACGACACUCUCUGACCAAUCAGUGGCCGGCAGCCUGUAGACGUCACAUUUUAGUAUUGGCUCAGCUAGAUUGGAACCUAGCUGAAGCCAGAGCAGGUACUGAAAAAAAGACCAGGUACUAGGUACUAUCACUGAUGGAAAAGCCAAAAAAUCGAGUGGAGUUGAGCCAGGUCAAGUGGUGUUCGAACUGUAUAAUGGAAAAGCAGCAAUUUGGAUAAUAAACGCAUGGAAAAUACAGAAUCAGAUGCCAUUUUACCACGGUAACGUUACUUUUGGUACGUUCCAUUUGUAGUCAGAAGUCGUUAUUUCCAAAUUGAGGGGGCGUUCCAGUUGAAAAACUCGGAAAAAUGGAAAAACCUCGCAAACUUCAACAUAGGAUUCCAAAAUGGCUGCCACUCCUGACAAUAGUUAAAAAAAAUCGAACUUUUAAAGUUAACUGCACUUCUGUCUUAUUUUACAGUAAAUCAGUCGUACACAUAGUAGGCCUACUGUUAAAUCUUUAUCUGUGAACAUGUUGCUAUUUUUUUUUGUGAGCGCAAAAUACCGUGUAUUGACUGGCAUUGCUAACAAGAAGGAUUUCUUCCACCUCCUUCAUUAAAGUCACUCCCAGUUCCGACUCCUGAUGUAAAUAAAACGCACAGGCAGCAACACACUGAGCUAGCAACUUCACUGGGUCUAACAUGAGAAACAAAUGACCGAGUUUAAAGCUACAAAUGUAGCUAACCUGUUACAUUAGCAUCUGUUUUUCUUUUUUUUCCUCGCCUGGCGCGACAGGACUCAAAAAUUUGCGUCAUUGUGCAACAAUGCUGUUGUUAUGACACGCACAUUUGAAUUUACCAGGAAGUUCACACACGUACAGCAACCAGCAACCCUCCAUUCCUGCACUAACUGGCUUUUGCAACAUUGGGUCACACAAACUUUCUGUUAAAGUUCAAAUGUUAAUUAAUUUUGAGUCUCCGCGAGAUUCACGUCGCCCCGGGUGCAUUGUGUCUUCGCAUUCAAAUGAAUGUUGUACCUUUUUUCUCUGUUUUUGACAAGUGUUUGUUGUUUUCUGCUCAUGACAAAGUGUAAAAAAACAAAACCACAUUUUUUUUAUCAACUUUAACUGAGGAGCAAAACUCAAUGUGAUAAUUGUCGGUAUAGACUAAAGCUGCAUUCCAUUUGUAGUCAGAACAACCUCACACACCCCGCGUUAGGAUUCUGGGUACUUUUACCAUUAACAGCACUUCUGUCGUACAGUAAAUCAGUUGGACGCUAUCGUACCGUUUUAUUUUUUAAUCGUAAACAUGUUGCUUUGUCGGCUGGUGUUGCUAACAACAGCUAAUGCAGUGUCCAGGGUUUUGUUCUUCCCAGCUCUGACUCCCAAGUUCUAAAAUAAAUGGAACGCAGCAUAAUUCUGAAGACAUUUUGUCGUUUUGAUAGUGUGUUUGUUCAUAUUAUCCAGCCGUACACAUCAGAAUAGUUUUGAUUUUCAUACGAUAAUAGUCCUGACAAUCACUCAAAGUGCUUUGACCCACAAUUAUGGCAUUAGAUAAGGCGAAGACAUUAGUAUUAUGUUUUAAUAUUAUGUUCUGGUGUGACAUUUCUGUAAUGGAGAGCUCUUCUACAGCUUGAUGCAUAAAUAACUGUUUUCAUUGGUGAGCAGCUUGAAUAAGUGUGCUAGCUCACUAGCAUUAAGUGUAACAAUUGCUUUAGAGUUGGGUUGGGAUGGUAUAUUAAGGUACAGUGUGUAAAAUGUUGAAAUAUAUCCCUCACCUCACUAUG